AUGGCGGCGCACAGUGAAACUGAAAUAAAUUUGAAAACUUUAAAACGAGUUGAUCCUAACAUAAUUGAAAUUAUUGACAAUGCUAGUCAAGUUGCAAUAUACCGGUAUGAGCGAAAGCUGGAGAAAUGGGAAGGAACAGAUAUAGAAGGUACCCUUUUCUUGUACAGAAGGUCACUGUUUCCUCAUCAUGGCUUUAUCAUUGUCAACCGCAUGAGCACGACGAAUUUCAUUGAAUCUAUUACAAAUGACAUGCAGUUUCAACUUCAAGAACCUUAUUUGUUAUAUAAAAAUCAUGCAGGUGACAUUAUUGGCUCAUGGUUUUAUGAAGACAAAGACCUUCGAAGAAUCAGCAAUAAAAUUCAAACCAUUGUUUUGAAGCAAACCUCAACUCCAAGACGCCAACGAUGUGCCUCAGAAAGUGAAACCCUGCCAAAAAAAGAUGAAACUCAAGAUAUCAUAACACUUCUUUCACAAGCUCAUGAAAAAUAUGUUAAAGAAGUGGAAAUUGUUAAAGAAGUUGUCUCCAGUUCAGAAGAUGUAAAUAACCUAUCUACCCAUCCAGAGAAGAAAAUGAACAACAAAUGUGUAAAAGCAUCCGACAAAAAGCUGAAGGCACACGGCCUACGCUCCUCUUCUCAAGAAUACCCGACAUCACCGAGAAGGCGAUUUCUAUCCACUGGUUCUUUUGACCCUAGUAUUUCCAAAUCACUUUCUAGUUGUCUUCUCUCAUCUGAAUCAGAGCUAAAAAAUUCCAGCCAUUUGUCUGCUACUGAGUUCAACAAAAUAUCAUCCAACAUCAUUCGACCUGAUGAUUUUAUUUCGGAAAAUGUCCUAACUAAAAUUGCUCAGCGUCUCCCUCCCACCAGACUCUCCCCUCUUUUCAGUCGGAGUGAAAUUUUAUCUCCCGCCGUGUCUGAUGUCGCACUCUUGGAUGAUUCUUAUGAAGAAAGUGAAGUAAAUAUUUAUUCUUAA